CGUCUUCCUCCCCCUGCCGGUCACGUCGGCCCUGCCUCCGGGACACAGAGACGCUCACGUAGUUGGGUGGCGGCGGCCGCCCCUGUCACCUCCCUCCCGGCCCUCGGAUGCAGCGAGCACACCUGGGGAGGGGGCUUCUCCGCGGCCCGAAAGGGUUCUGGCCUGUACGUCUGGCCCCGUGAUGGCUGUGGACAUAGAGUACAGAUACAACUGCAUGGCUCCCUCCCUGCGCCGAGAACGUUUUGCCUUCAAGAUCUCCCCGAAGCCCGUCAAACCUCUGAGGCCUUGCAUUCAGCUGGGCAGCAAGAAUGAAGCCAGUGGGCUGGUGGCCCCGCCGGUGCAGGAAAAAAAGGCGAAAAAGCGAGUGUCCUUCGCUGACAACCAGGGGCUGGCCCUGACCAUGGUCAAGGUCUUCUCGGAAUUCGAUGACCCCUUAGAUCUUCCGUUCAACAUCACGGAGCUCCUGGACAACAUCGUGAGCCUGACGACAGCCGAGAGCGAGAGCUUCGUGCUGGACUUCGCACAGCCGUCCGCGGACUACCUGGACUUCAGAAACCGGCUCCAGGCCAACCACGUGUGCCUGGAGAACUGCGUGCUCAAAGACCGAGCCCUCUCGGGCACCAUCAAAGUGCAGAACCUCGCCUUCGAGAAGAUCGUGAAAGUCAGGAUGACCUUCGACACCUGGAAGAGCUUCACAGACUUUCCCUGCCACUACGUCAAGGACACCUACGCCGGCUCCGACAGGGACACCUUCUCCUUCGACAUCAGCUUGCCCGAGAAGAUCCAGUCUUACGAGAGGAUGGAGUUCGCCGUGUGCUACGAGUGCAACGGACAGACGUACUGGGACAGCAACAAAGGCAAAAACUAUCGGAUCAUCCGGGCCGAGUUAAAAUCCACUCAGGAACCGAGCGAGCCCCCGAACGGACCGGAUUUCGGGAUAGCGUUUGACCAGUUUGGAAGCCCUCGGUGCUCCUAUGGUCUGUUUCCGGAGUGGCCUAGUUACCUAGGAUAUGAAAAGCUGGGGCCAUACUACUAGUGAGGCAGGCGAUGGAGCCCAGCUCCGGUCACAGGAAUGGAGAUGGAGGCCUAGGGAGGCACCCAGUCGAACUGCCACCAGGCACGGUUUUGCAAAGAAAGGAUCCUGUUCACUGUUUCCUUCGGCCAGCAGUUGCAGCCAGGUGUAGAUCACAGAACUGGUUUUGCGCCUGGAGGAGAGGUGGUGUGCUGGUCCGUGUGGCACCCAGGGUGGGAAUGAGCAGGGUGGUGCUGGACGCAUUGUGGACAGGAGCCAAGGCCACAGGCGGAGCCGGCGGGCCCGGAGGAGCCUGGCCUCUGCCUGCCACUUGGAUGUGGAAAGUGAGCCCCCCUGGAAAAUUGCUCAGCCCCCAGCCACCUCCCGUGGGUGCCUGCUCUGGCUCCAGCUGCCAGCCAGGCCUCUCGUGCGUGUUGCUGCUAUCCCACAUCUACACACACCACGCUGUAUCUCUGUGCUCUCAUCCGCGAGCCUGAGGCUGCACGAUUCUACAACACAGCUACCCAAAGAGAGACAGAUCCGCUCCUGCGGGCGCAAGUUCAUUUGUUGCAUUUUUAAAUUCUUCCUGGCAUUCAGGAAAAGAUAAUAAAGGUGAUUGGCUUGUACCAGAGACAGGCAUUUCUUCUCCCUGCCUCCUGACUACGCGUGCGUAUUCCCGCACAGAGCAGCGCACGGGUCCCGGAGAGUCGCUGGCUCCUGGGUGGCGUCCCAGAUGGCGGAGUCAUGACGAGGCCAUGACAGUCUGGAGAGCUCAACACUUUACGCUUCUCCUUUUUUUUUUUUUUUUUUUGGUUUUUGAGGGAGCUUUCUACAGACUCACCUUGACCCUGAGUCACUCAAAGACUCGAUUGCAAGGUGCAUUUAAUUGGCUUGGCUGGUCUUCAAGCAGCUUACUCCUUACAGGAGAAUUUUAGAUGGUCGUUCCUGAAGAGUUGUGUUUUAUGCAGUGUUUGGGAUGUUUGAUUGGCAGAUGCAAGAUGACUUUGAGGCCUUCAGAAGAUGUCUGAUUUUGUUUGGGCUGUGACUGAUGAUACCCAGGACACUUUACAGGCACCUGGGGACAUUGAUUUGGGGUGUUCUUAUUUAUGGUGUGUGAGUAUGUAAAGGGAUGGGGUUCACUCGGUUCUCAUGUUAUUUUAAAUGUUUGCCAGUCUGAACUAUCGGAGGUUAAUUGUUCUCAACCCUAUGAGAUUCAAGUCCAUUGGCUAAUGCUAUUGUAAGAGAAUCUUGGGACGUUCAUUGUCAAUGGAUCCCUAAAACCUGUGAUUCUUUUUUGGGCAAGAUUGGUUUUUACUUAGAAGUGUUUUAAACAUUUUUUACAUGAAUAUUUGUAGAAAGUUUUUUUUCUUUUUCUGAUUUGUUUGUCUUUGGGAUAUGGUUCAAUGGCUGUUUAAUUUUCCUUCUGAGUGUCUCACUAAUGGGAGGUGUUUCCCAAGGUGAGCGGGGAGAGGAGUGUACAGGUACCUAGAUUUGGAGCCACAGUUGCUGGACUUAACCAAGGAGAGUCCUGUGCUGGCCAUUUCCCUACUGAUCUGUUCUCAAGGUCUGCAGGUGUCUAUGACGUUGGACAUGGGCAACAGGCAGGUAUUCAGGCGGGUAUUGAACGUGCCGGCUCCUAGAGUUUUGUGGUUGGGGUUUGGUUUUCACUUUAAAAUGUAUUCAUUUUUCAAAUGCUCUUAAAUGGUGUUCAAUGCAAUUCUUGUCCCUGAGCCCGGCUGUUAGGCGUCUGUGAUCCAGUGCUUUUGCCCUCGGAGAUAAGCGGAUACUGUCAUUGAGACGGAAAUCACGCUUUGAUCUUUCGUGAAAAUUGGCAGAACUGCUUUAUCUGAGUCAAGCAAAUAGCACGUCGUCGGCAGCCAGGACUCUGAAGGUUACACGGUCAGCGAUCAGAACAUCAGCAGCGCAGCCGUCAGCCAACACAGCUCCUGGGGUCAUGAGUUUUGUGUUAACAAGUGUCCCACAUUACCAGGGCAGGAAGGGAGCCCAGUGCCCUGUUGCCAAGACUAAGGGGGUCGUCGGUGUUCAGGAAGGGCCUGACGCGACUCCAGGGUGAAGUCUGCUGGUUAUGUGUAGUGAUCACCCUCAGACAUUCCCACGUCAAACUCCGAAAUACGGUGAACGGGUGAUAAGUGUCUUCUGAAACAGUGACAACCCUCCCCCGACCCAGCCCUUCUUUCUCUGGGCUCACCCCAGCUUUUUUUUGCUGGGGCACUGGUUGCAACCCCUCAGGCUGGCACACCUGGGGUGCUCACCCCACUGCGCUGCUCAGAAGGCAAGUCCUCACCUGCUUGCCCAGUGUCCCUCCGCGGAGCUGUCACUCAUUUGAAAACACCGCCUUCUCCCUUCCGCCACCCCCACCUCAGUCUGCCUCCGCCGAGCCCUUGGGAGAUGCCUGGAGGAAGCCUGUCCAGACGGCACCAGACAGUAGAUAGGCCGACGCCCUGGCCAGGCUGGCUGGCUGGGCUUGUAGGGCUGUCAGCAGGCCGCCCUCGGUGAUGUUGCCUCCUGGCCCCUGGUCCCUGUGAACUUCCCAGGUACCCACCUGGGGUAGCCACCUGUCACUGGUGCCUUUGUCCAGGAAUGAGGAAGCAACUCCAUUUCUGUUUCAUAUUUAGUUCCCUGAGGGAUAUGUCCUGGGGGGGCAUUUGCCAAUUUGGCUCAAUAGAUAAGCUAGACUAUGUAAAGAAGUAUGAUAAAUAAGCUGAAAGCUAGGAAGCAUUUGAGAGAGAGUCUUUUAUUUAAAAAAGAAAGUUGUUAGAGGGGAGCUGAUGAGACAUCAUGGAGUUAUGCAGGUCUCCGGGGUCCAUGGUGGAAUUCAUUUUAUCAUUGAGUUUUUGUCAUGUUAAAACAUGGUACUUUUUUUUUAUAAAAGGAUGUAAAUUUUGAAUUGUUAGAAGAAUGCUUUGUGGGUUUUGGAUCUUUGUAUAUCAUUUGCGUUUGAAACAUAAGCAUUACUUGUAGUCAUUUGGACGUUAAAUGGGCUGGAUAUGCUUACACAGCAAAAAAAAAAAAAGGGUGUUUCAGUUUUUUAGAAGUGCCUUCGAGGUGGCCCUUCCCUUUUGGUGGGCUGUGAAGGGAAACCCUGGUGGUCUUUCAUUGGUUUCCACUUUUGCAAUUCUUCCUGGUCACUGUUUGCUCUGAUUCCAGGGUGUCUCCUAAUACAAUCCUUGGUGAUUAGAAGUUAGGUGAGUAAUGGGCCACCCAAAGACAUGGCAAGUGGUCAAUGAGCUGAUCUGAACGUCCUGCACGGCUGCCCCUAGGGGCUGGGAGGAGAGCCGUUGUGGCAGGUGGGGCUCAAGGGCAGGCCAAGUGCAGCGUCCCAGGCUGUGAGGCUGGGGAUGUCCCCACAGCUUGGUUACCAGCUGCUGGACCUGUGAGGACGGCAGGAGGGGGUGGUGCUGACACUUCUUUCUCUUUUACUUCAAUGUGAACGCAGAGCCAAGGACUCCUCUUUGUUUUACGCCUAAAAGUGCCUUGUCAAGAGAUUUCUGCAUGUUUGAAAAAUAACUAUUUUUAUACACAAAGUUAAAGGGGAAAUGCACUUUAAAAAAAAUCACAAGAAUGGAUGUUUGUGUGUGGUAGAAGAGAGUGGUUUGUUUGUAUCUCAAAAACAAAUGUGUUUAAUAAAGUAGAAAAAAACAAAA